ACUCUCUCUCUUGACCAACAAGCACAAUGACAACACCAGCACUAGCGACACCAGAGGCCGCGGCGUCCAGCUCUAGCUCUACGCGCGCAUUCACCCCGCCGGCAAAGUACAUCCUGUCCAAGGCGCACCUGGCCGCGUUCCAGCGCUCGCCAUCACACGCGGCGAUUACAGACUUUAUUGACGGGCUCAACGCGAGCAUUGUGGGGCGCAAGCUGUCCGAUGCGGGCGAGACGAACGAGCGCACGCUCGCGCUCAUGGGUAUCCUCGACGCCGUGCUCGACAUUGCCAAGGCGACGCCGCCGGUCGACAACAAGCUGAGCCGGUUCGGUAACCCCGCCUUCAAGACGUUCUACGACCGAGUUGGCGAGGCAUCAGCCGACCUCCAUGCCACUAUUCCAGGCCUGCCGGCCGAGGCCGUCCCCGAGAUCGAGGUCUACUUCAAGGAGGCGUGGGGCAACAAGCAGCGCGUAGACUACGGCAGCGGCAUGGAGUUCAACUUCUUGUGCUGGCUCUACUGCCUCGUCAAGCUCGGCGUCGUCGGCGAGGCAGACUACCCCUUCCUCGUGCUCGGCGUCUUCUGGCGGUACAUCCUCGUGAUGCGAUACCUCCAGUCGACGUACUGGCUCGAGCCCGCUGGAUCGCACGGAGUAUGGGGUCUGGACGACUAUCAGUUCUUGCCGUUCCUCUGGGGUGCGGGGCAACUGAAGAGCCACAAACACCUCCGCCCCAAGGCGAUCCACGACCCCGAGAUCCUCGAGGCCUUUGGCCCAGAAUACAUGUACCUCUCGUGCAUUUCGUUUAUCAACAGCAUCAAGACGGCGUCGCUGCGGUGGCACUCGCCAAUGCUGGACGACAUCAGUGCCGUCAAGACGUGGGACAAGGUCAACGAGGGCAUGCGCAAGAUGUACGCGGCGGAAGUGCUGGGCAAGCUGCCAGUCAUGCAGCACGCGCUGUUUGGGAGCCUGCUGCCGUUCCCCACGCCCGAGGAGGACCCGGAGCUCAAGCGCGCGCUCGAGGAGGAGGGCGAGCCCGAGGUCGACGCGCAUGGGCAUGUUCACGAGAAGGGAUGGACCAUGGACUGCUGUGGCAUUCCAGUGCCGUCGGCGUUUGGCGCCGCUGCCGAGGCAGCAGGCGGUGGUGGGGUUGCUGCGGCAGCAGCACCGCCUGUGCCGUUCACGCAGCGUUCUGGCAUCAAGCCCAUCCCCUUCGACUAGGCCCAUCGUUUGACUAGUAGCAUAGAUGUAUAGUGUAUCAC